UUUUUUGACAGUGUGGUAGCCCUGAAUUAGGAAUUUUUGCUUUCGUCACACAAGAUUCCUAAAGUCAAUUCAGCGUUGCGAGAUUAGCGAUUUAUUAAAAGGAAACUCGAAAGACGCGCAUCGCGACUGACAAUGGCAGCCAUACACCGGGAGGCGAUACAAAAACAAAUUCAACAGGACUGGGCUAAUCGCGAAUACAUAGAAGUUAUCACUGGCAGUAUUAAAAAAAUUACGGACUUCCUCAACUCUUUCGAUAUGUCUUGUCGCUCAAGGAUAGCAGUCCUCAAUGAAAAGCUCACGACCCUUGAACGAAGAAUCGAAUAUCUAGAAGCAUGCGUCACAAAGGGUGAAACAUUGACAUGAUUUCUCUAUGUAUAAUGCACGGAUAUAUCCUUUUACAACCCUUUAUAUUUACUGUACUAUCUAAAUAAAUACAAGAUGAAAAUAAAAGAUA